AUGCCUCCUCUCCAGUCCAAGACCGAAGGUAGAGGAAAUGGUAUCAAGACGGCUAUCGUCAACUUGGGUGAAGUUUCACGUGCUUUGAAUCGUCCACCAGCGUACUUGGUCAAGUUUUUCGGGUAUGAAUUGGGAGCCCAAACACAGAUCCAGACCGAUCGUUACUUGGUCAAUGGUGCCCAUGAUACUAAUGAGUUGCAGGAUUCAUUGGAUGGAUUCAUUAAUAAGUUUGUCCUUUGUGGAUCUUGUAAAAACCCUGAGACGGAAAUUGUCCUCAAGGGUAAAGAUUCAUUGGAGCGUGAUUGUAAAGCUUGUGGGAAAGUCACUUUGAUUGAUCCAAAACAUAAAUUGUACUCGUACAUUGUUAAGAACCCGCCUGAUAACAAAAAGGGUAAGAAGUCAGCCACUGCGACUGCCAAUGUUGUCGGUGGAGGAAAAUCGAUUUCUGAUAUCGCUGCUGGUCAUGAUUCCAAUGAUGCUGCCAAUUCUGCUGGUGCGAAUGGAGUUGGCGGUGACCGUGCUGAUGGCGGAGACGGCGACGACGAGGACGAUGAUUUGUUGGCCAAGAAGAUUAAUGCUGAGGCUGCCAUGUUGCAAGAUUUGAAAAUCAAAGAUGAUGAAUGGGCGGUGGAUAUGAGUGAGGAGGCAGUUGCUGCCAGAGCUCGAGAAUUGGAGGCGUUUGACUCGUCUAACUCGUACGAACAGUUGGGCGAAUGGAUACUCUCCGAAUCUAACAAUGAUGUUUCCAAAUUACCUUCUGAUGUCGAAAUCUACAAGAAGAUUGUUGAGUUGGACCUUGUUGAAUCGCCAGCCACGCUACAAGUCCUUGCACAAACUUUGUUUGAUGCCCAAGUGCUAGAUCAAAUUGAACCACAUGUGGGUUUGUUGACGAAGCUCAUUAAUGGCGACGAAGAAUUUGAAAAGUCGUUGCUUGGUGGGUUGGAGAGGUUGAUUGGGUUGCUGUACCCUAAUGAAUUAGUUGCUCAAACACCCAAGAUUUUGCAUGCGUUUUAUGAUCGUGAUUUGCUUAGUGAGGAAGUCAUCAUCAAGUGGGGGUCCAAGGUUUCAAAAAAGUAUGUUCCUAAAGAUGUUUCCAAAAAGGUUAGAAAAGCCGCUAAACCUUUUGUUCAAUGGUUGCAAGAAGCAGAAGAGGAGGAAAGUGACGAAGAGUAG